UGUAAUAUGAUGAUGAUGAUGAUGAUGGUACUUAUACAAUUCCUGGGUGUGUUCCACCGUGGCUUUUUGCUCAAAUAGCGAGAUCCAUCAGAGCUGUGGUAGUUCAUUUAUUAUCCUCAGUCUCGAUGACAAACGUCUCACUCGACAAUACACUCGGUGCAUUCGUUAUUGGUGCCUCCUUCGCCAACAUUCUGUUUGGCAUAACUUGUCUUCAGUCCUCAUUCUACUACAGAAAUUACCCGAAUGAUGGGUGGAUUUUUAAGGCUUCAGUAGGGAUCAUCUGGGUCCUAGAUACAAUCGACGUUGCAGUCACCACCCACGUCUGGUAUUUCUAUUCUAUCAAGAACUUCGGAAACUUUCAAGCUUUUACUCAAGGUAACAUCGUGUGGAGCUUUAAGCUGCAUAUCUUGAUUUGUGUCUCUAUCCGAGUCUUUGUCCAAGCGGUGUACGCCCUACGCUUAUGGAAACUUGGACACCACCUUUAUCAAUCGAUAUUGUGGCUGGUUAUUCUCGUCACUGCAAGCAACGCCGGUUGCGGGAUAUACCUUGUUAAAGAUGUCUUUUCGAUCCCCAGCUUCUCCCAAACACCAACCAUCAGGAACGCUCUCAUAUCGUUGUUUGCCAUGAGCAUAUCAGCCGAGUUCAUCUUGUCUGUUGCGAUGAUGUACACUCUGAAUAAGGGCAGGACCUCUUCGGUGUUCCCCAACACCAUUGCAAUACUUCUGACAUUGAUGCAGAUGGUUCUGAUAUCAGGGUUAGUUACAAGCUUGUACUCAAUGCUCAUUCUUGUUACAUUUCUCCUCUGGCCAGAUACUCUCAUAUUCCUCGGCGUAGAUUGUAUACAGCCCAAAAUUUUCAUCAACUCCUUGUUAGCUAUGCUCAAUGCACGAAACACAGUUCGAAACAUCGAUGAUUCCUUUCACCUACCAAUAAUUGAUUCUGUUGCUAAAAGUGUGCAUGACCACCGUGCCGAGGGUGAGGUAUGUUUCUCGAUAUCCAUUUGAUGUAUGUUGACGGGCUUUCAGCAGGCCAUUGUUGUACCGAUGAAGAUUGAU